AUGGUACUUCUGCAGCAGCAGCGAGAAGAAACAUGUGAUAUUUCACUACAUAUUGCCAUCACAGGAGAAUCUGGUUCUGGUAAAUCGACAUUUGUUAACGCUGUCAGAGGACUACGUAAUGGAGAUGAAGGGGCCGCUCCUACUGGUGCUGUAGAACGCUCAAAGGAACCUAUACCAUACUUCCAUCCAGACUAUCCCAAUGUCACUUUAUAUCUUCCUGGUGUUGGCACCAUGAAGUAUCCGGCUCAUAAAUACUUGGAACUUGUUAAAUUUGACAGGUUUGACUUCUUCAUCAUCGUCUCAGACACUGGUUGCAGAGAAAAUGAUGUGAAACUCGCUCAGGAGAUUCAGAAGAUGAAAAAAAGCUACUUUGUUCGCUCAAAGAUUGACAACUUUAUGCGUGAUGAGAGAAGAAAUGAAGACUUCAGUGCAGAGAGGAGUCUUAGAGAAAUGAGGGAAAACUGUGUUCAAGGUCUUCGAGACCAAGGCAUCGUGUCUCCACAGGUCUUCCUGGUGUCCAGCUUUGAGCCAAACCUUUACGACUUCUCUCUCUUACAGCAGACCUUAGACAGAGACCUUCCUAAAAACAAGAGGGACACUCUGCUGUUCAUCAUGCCCAACAUCAACCCAGAGAUCAUCAUCAAGAAGAAAAAAGCUUUUCAGUCCAGAAUAAAAUACUGGGCUGGUUUGUCUGGAACUGUAGCAGCUGUUCCAGUUCCUGGACUUUCUGUUGCUGUUGAUAUUGGGUUGAUGGUUAGAGUUGUCAAAGGUUAUGUAACUGAUUUCAGUAUUGAUAAGUCAUCACUGGAAAAACUUGCUGAGAGAACAAAUGUGCAGCAUGCUGAUCUUUGUGCUGUUGUCAGGUCACCACUGGCUGGAGUAGAAAUAACUCCAGAGCUCCUCACGAGGGUGUUGACCCAACUAGCAUGCGUAGCUGCAUUUAUGACAGCAGAAGAAAGUUUUAGAUGGAUUCCAGUAGUCGGACUUGUAGCAUCAGCUGGUCUGUCUUUUGUUGUAAUCUACAAAGCUCUGAAUUCUUUCCUCAACACACUUGCCGAUGAUGCUCAGAGGGUUUUUGAAAAGGCUCUGGGUCUGAACUAGUAAGUAAAUGAUAAUGUGAUCCUGUGUUCAGUCUACAGCAGAUCUCAUUUUCUCUGGUCAAAGCAACAAGAACAGAGUAAUUCUUCACAGCUUCAUGCUCUCAAACUUUCCUCCUCAUCUGUGCCACAGAGGGACUGGAAACCCCCAAGUACCCGAAGGGAGACACAGAUGGGUGGUUGAGGACAACAGGGUUAUAUAUAAGAC